GUCCGCCUCAACAAAAACAAGAAGAAGAAGAAGAGUUUACUCCGUCCUGACUGUCAUGGCCGCGCACACAGUCCACUGAUGCUGGUAACGGGAGGCAGAUGCUCGGAGUCCUCUACUGUUCUGGGACUAUGAAGGAUCAGACAUGGAGCAGAUCACUUUUCAUCACGACACCGUCCUGUCAGAUGUUCACAUGCUCUUUCCCAGCGCGCGCCACCUCAUGACUCGCCUCAACAAUGUCGGACAGCCUGUCUUCAUGUCCAGAUUCAAGAUCUUGGCAGAAAGACACGAUGACAGUGACCAAGGAAAAUGUUCGGGAAAGGAUGAGGACCCGAAGGAAGACGGUGGAGGAGACACGGAGACAGCUCACGGAGAAGAUGAAGAGGAUGAGCGGGGAGGAAGCGUGGAGGCCUUGCUGGACGAGGACGGAGACCUUGACAUCCCUCAUCGACCACGGAAAAAGCCUGUGGAUGACGGUGGCAGAGACUCGGUCUGUCCAGUCAUUAUCAAACAGUCCAGUCCUCUGCUGGACCUGGAAGAAGAGGACAUGGACGAUGAAGCUGGAGACAUUUUAAGGAUCGAACACACCAUGGCUACGCCCUUGGAUGACGUUGGCAAACAGGUGUGGCGGGGGGCGCUGCUGCUGGCUGACUUCAUUCUCUCCGAGGCGGCCACGUUCAGAGGGGCCACGGUCCUGGAGCUCGGGGCAGGGACGGGCUUAACCAGCGUCGUCAUGGCAACCGCAGCCAAAACGGUGUACUGCACAGAUGUAGGAGAAGACCUUCUGAGCAUGUGCAAGAGAAACGUCGCUCUGAAUAAACAUAUGAUGGAGCCUGAGGGUGGAGAGGUGAGAGUGAGACAGUUGGACUGGCUCCAGUAUAGCCUUUGCACAGAUGCUGAUGUGGAGUUUAGUUGGACAACGGAGGAAGUGGAUGAUUUGUACAACAACACUAGCUUCAUCAUUGCUGCUGACGUUUGUUAUGACGAUGAUCUAACAGAUGGAUUUUUCCGAACACUGUAUCAGCUCUGCAGCAACUUCCUUCACACCUGCACUGUCUUCAUCUCCUUAGAGAAAAGGAUGAACUUCACCCUGCGUCACAUGGAUGUUUCCUGCGAGGCGUACGAUCACUUCCGCCACUGUCUGACCCAACUCCAGGACCUGGAGGAUGGACGCUGCAGAUUUAAAGUGGAGCAGCUGCCUUGUAACUUUGCGCAGUUUCUUCUGUAUGAACGCAUAGAGCACCUGGAGCUGUGGAAGGUGACUGCGACUCCGCUCCCUGUUGAAGAAGCCCGGUCGGAUUCUGGACAGUCUUCAUCUUGACCUGGCACUUAAAUCCGACCAAUGUGAACACUGAACUCUCUGGAGUAUUCAGCAUUUAAUAUGCUAAAACGUUUGAAGUUUUCAGUUAAUCAAACUGUACGUUUUAAGACAGAAGAGCUCAUUUAAAAAUAAGUUUGAAUAAAUGUUUACCUUUUGGUGAGUGUAUAUAUGUUGGAUGAAUCCAGUUUGAAGGAUUUAUUAUUUUUUAUCAUUAUGUAUUUUUGUGGGAGAACAAAACGAUGCAUGAGCAGGAUAAGUUGAUUUGUAAACAGACUUAUUAAAAAGAAAUAAAUCAGAGUUAAUAUU